AUGGCAAAUGCAUUGAUCACCAGUGCCAUCUUGAAGCACUAUUCCUCUUCUUUAACUUCAUCUACUGUCGACGAAAAAUCUGCUAAUAUCCAUUCUCAUGAAAUAGUUCCACUGACAAUCUUUGAUAAAGCUACUCAUGAUUGUCAUGAAGACGUGUAUCUUGUAUUUAAACCACCUAUGCCACCAAAUGAAGUCUUGAAAGAUGCACUCUCAAAAGUUCUUGUUUAUUACCCACACUUGGCUGGAAGGUUCGUAACUGAUAAUCUUGGCCGAACAUGUAUCGUUCUAAACAAUGCCGGUGUUCGCAUAACUGAAACUUACAUUCCUACCACACUGGUCGAACAACUCCCAUUCGAUGCAUCAAAAGAUGGUAGUCAUCUUAUUCCAUCUGUUAAAGUAGUCGAAGAGUUGUGUCAAGUUCAACUAAAUCGUUACAAGUGCGGUGGCCUAGUUUUAGGCUUCACUCCUCAUCACCGCGUUGCUGAUGGCCAAUCCAUCUUAGGUUCUUUCUUUGUUUCGUGGUCUAGAAUGGUCCGUGGUCUUACCAUAGAAUUAGCUCCUUAUCAUGACCGUUACGCUAUUUCUCAACCAAGAAACCCACCUAGGGUUGAAUUUGAUCAUGGUUCAAUUGAAUUCCAAAAGAGCACUAUUAAUCUCGACAACACCGUAGUGUUUUUAUCGUCUUCAGUUGAAACUGUGAUUGUUAAUUACUCUGUUGAGUUUAUAAACAAGCUUAAAGAUAUAGUCAGUAAUAACCAAGAUCAAAGAUACAGUACUUUCGUGUGUUUGCUUUCUCAUGUAUGGAAAAAGGUAACUCAAGCUAGAGGACUUGGACUAGAAGAAUCAAGCCAGGUGAGGAUAGCAGUAAAUGGAAGACAGCGAAUAUCUGAACCAGCAGUACCCAUGGAGUAUUUUGGCAACUUAGUACUUUGGGCUUAUCCAAGAUUGAAGGUGAAGGAACUAGUGCAUGAGAGUUGUGCAUAUAUUGCCAAAUCGAUCCGUGAUGAAGAAAAUAGUGUCAGUGAUAGGUACUUCAAAUCAUUCAUAGAUUUUGGCGCAACAAUACUCCAAGGUGGCAGAGAUAGUGAUGAAAGUGACGAGUUGCAACAGACGACACCUGAGUUAGGAAGUUCGCUAUGUCCAAAUUUGGAAGCGGAUAGCUGGUUGGGGUUUCAGGUUCAAGAUAUUGAUUUCGGUAGUGUUGGUCCUUGUGCAAUAUUUCCGCCCAGUAUCCCGUUUGAGGGCUUAGUGGUUUUUAUACCUGCAGGCACUGAAGACGGUGGUGUGAAUGUAAAACUUACACUAUUCGCCGAGCAUGCUAGUAUCUUUAAGAAGAUUGCUCACGUCGUUGAUGGAAAACUCACCCCGACUGAGAUUGAAUCUUGAAAUGUUUGCAUUUUCUUUUUUCUUUGUUCAAUAAUGCUGUAUUAAAAAAAUGUUUGGGCUGGAAUGCUCAAAUGUAAGACGUUUAAGACUUUUGAAAUAACUAAAUAAGCGUAGAUU